AUGGUUGAUCAACCAGCAUUCUCGGCCUGGAAGCUCCCUACUCAUAUCGAAAAAGCCUCUGUACUCGACCUUAAUUACCUCAAAGGGCGCGUCUCAUGGAUCCGAGAUGAGCUCGACCCGCUGGUUGCUCGGGAUGGUCCGAAUACCCUACGACCCGAUACUGUUAUCGUUCUCUUCAGAUUCUUUGAACAGCUACGCACAUCUUACUUGAAUCUCGAGACUAUUCGCGACUCUCGCGUACAUCUGGCCCUCAUCGAAAUCUCUAGGCGUGCCACCAGAUGGCCGGUCAGACUAAUUGAAGAGGCCGAAGAAAUUAUCUUCAAAUGGGAAUCCGAAUGGGGUCCACUUUCAAGUAUCAAAGUCAAUCUUUACGACACGGGCGGAAGGCUACAUGGCAUCAGUACUCCCGAGGAUAUUCAACGAGAAGCACUACUGCUCAAAUGGUCGCGUAAGGAAACCGCGUGGGUCAAUCCAAACUUCGCAAGGCGGAAUGGAGACCUCGGAUUUCAACCGGGAGACGGCGUCACUAACUGCUACUCACAAGCAUAUGCUUUGCUCCUGGCAGAUGGCGAUGAAGUCGAUUGCACAGAUCCAGCACACUUCACAUACCGUUCGACCCCAGGAGAUUCUAGACGAUAUCGCCUUUGCGCCGGGACCCUUGCUUCCAGACGACCAAUUCGCGUGUUACGGAGCCACACUCUGCGUAGCUUCUUCGCUCCUCGCGCUGGAAUCAGGUACGAUGGACUCUACAAGGUUUCUGGAUGGCGUAUCAUUCAGGAUCCGAAGACCAAGGCAGUCCAUUAUUACAUCUCCUUCGACCGUCUGCCUUCAGAGCCACCUCUCGGUCCAAUCUUAGAACAUCCGAACGCGGAAGAGCUGGAUGAUUACCGCGAGUACAAACGCAUUCGAAAGGAGAUCCGCCAGCAUCGCAACCUUCUACGCCAUGGUCUGCGAUUUGGCGCAAACGACACUCCUUCAACCUCUACGCAGGAUCGCAUCUCGAUACCCAAGAAGACUGAUAGCAACGACACUACGAAAACCAUAAAGAAGCCGGUCGCCAAAAGAAGAGGUAGUUCGUUGCACAUACAGACUUCGCCUUCCGAACCCGCGUCCGACUCGAACACUCCAGCAAAGUCUGACGAGAAUCCUUUCUUUGCUAGCCCGGAUCCUGAUGACAAUCCUUUCUUCUCUGGCGGACUAGAUUCACAGACCGGUCUUGGCAAGAUCAAUACGUUACGACCUGACAUGAUCAAUUACGCACCUGUGCUCCAGAAAGCUGCUUCGGCUGCUGGUGCAGCCAUUGAUCCAUUCUUUGCGAACGCUUUGGAAGAGCAUGCAGCGAAGAAGGCUGCUGCUUUUAGAUUGAGUAUUAGCCCGCCGGUAUCGCCAGCUUCAGCAAGACCAAAGAAGCUCGGUCUUGGUGGCAGGAAGUCAAUGAUAGGAUUCAUUGGUGUGAUUCCCGAGGCAGACGAGCAAAAGGGCACGCCACAUGUUAGGCGGGACUCACAAAGUCCAGUGCUGUCCAAGAGUUGA